AUGUCAAAACCUUUUGAUGCUGAAACAGCUGAUAACUUAGAAGAUAUCGAGAAACAAUUUGCCGUCGUCGCAGUUGAACAAGCGGAAACAUACUGGAAUAUACUUACUAAAGUUCCAGGUUCUAAAUUACGUCUUACCAAUAUUGAUGAUGAAAUUUACGACACUUUUAUGUUGUCAUUUCCAGAAUACGAAAAUCCUGAUAGAUUAAAGACAUUCAGUGAAGAAGAAUUGAAAACCAAAGAAGCUAAGGAGAAAUGGAGAAAAUUUUGUGCCCUAUUUGAGAAGAAAGUGGAAGAUUAUAACUUCGGUACUUUGUUGAGAACUGAUUCUAACGCAGAAUAUGGUCAAGAUACUACUUGUUUUGUUGUUAGAAUUCAAUUUUAUGCAUUCGAGAUUGCAAGAAAUAGACAUAAGUUGAAUGAUUGGAUUGUUGGUCAUAACUAA